UGUGUGCAGGUGUGUUGAAAAAAAAAUGAAGAGAAACUUCACUGACAACUCCACCCGUACUACAGCAGGCUGCCUACCUGUGCCGCUGUUCAACCAGAAAAAGAGAACCAGACAGCCACUGACUUCGAACCCGCUUAAAAAUGAGCCAAGUGCCAGUAGCACAGCAGAAACUUUGGACCUUUCUACCAUGCUAGCAGAUUUUGGCUGGGAAGUUGCAAAGCCAGAACCAACUCAGCUACAGAAAACAACAGGCAUUGAUCCAACAGAGCUUUCUAUGCCUUCUCCUCUAUUAAAACAACAAACUCCAUCCAAGUCCAUUGAAUCAAGUACAGGAAGGAAUGUGAACAACUGGAGGUUGGCUAGGGGGAAAAAAGUCAGUUCUGACAUUUGGAAAAGAAAUGACUGUGUGACAUUUGGCUGCAGAACUGAAAACAGAAAGAUUCCAAAGCUGGAGUAUGGCUCCAGUUACUUGCCAGAGACAGGAUCACGUCAGAAGAAACUUCCUGGCCCUCCAAAAGCAUCACAAAACAUCAGCACAGGAACAGCUGGGCAAAGUUAUUCAUCUACAGUGCAACAGCUAGGACUACCAAACAUCAUGCCGAGAAGCCAGCUGGGUACAUCCUAUAUGGUCAGACACAACCCACAACAACAGAAAGUGAAUGAGAAAAAAGCUGAUCAUAUCCAAGGUGACAAAAUGAUUCAGAAAGCACCAUCCUGUCAACUCAGAAUGAAAGAAAAAGACCGUUCGCUCAGAAUCCUGUCUGUAGUCAUUGAGAGUAUGAAACACUGGAGCCAGUAUACCAAUAAAACACCACUGUUGUUUGAAGUAUUAGGCAUUCUGGAUUCUGCAGUUACCCCCGGACUGUACAGUGCAAAGACUUUCCUUUUGAGAGAUGGGAAGGAGAGUGUCUCAUGUGUAUUCUAUGAGAUUGACCGGGAACUGCCACGAUUAAUCCGAGGUCGGGCCCAUAGGUGUGUGGGAAAUUAUGACACAAGUCGGAAGCUCUUCAGGUGUGUCUCUGUAAGACCAGCCAGUGUUCCCGAACAACAAACUUUUCAAGAUUUUGUCAGAAUUGCAGAUGUUGAGAUGGGUGAAUAUGUGAAAGCAAGUAAUGAAGUCUAAGUGUUCACAGCCGAAACCUAUGAAGGAAAGCAAG